GGCAUCGGACCAGUUGUGGGCCAGUUCAGGUAAGUGAUGUGAUAAACAUAGACACUCGCCCUUGUUCUAUCUGUCAAAUUUUACUAACAUCAUCAGCGCCAGAAAGGCCAAUUAAAAUUUAAAAGCGUCGUUUGUGAGAAAACAGCUCGAAGCCCGUCAUUAGGCGUUCUUUUCGUAAACGCGCCAAAGUUAUUUAUUCUUAAAUAGCGGAGAGGGCAACUCCGUUGCCUGGGUUAAAAACUCGUCUCUAGCGUGAAAAACUGUGUUACUCAGAAUUCACUCAAGCGUGGUAAUUAUUCCAAAGCCACGUGGCAUGUGGGCCAGCCCCCGUUUCUUCUUUCGGCCAAUCAGCGUCCAGCGUUUGCCGGUAUCUUUAGUGACAUGUGACUAGACCCGGCUGGUUUUCUGCUCCCACUCACACUUACUCAAGAACAACAUUUCAUUGAUUCGUUCCCUGUGCAAGGGAAAACAUGGGCUCUCCCGAGCAUUUGGUGUGUUUUCACUGCACUGUCACAAGAUUGCCGUCAGGGGAAUCGGACGCCGAAGAGGAAACCAUCUCAGGGAUUUCGUGGGUUGUCCUCGACGUGAAAUCCAAUCAGCUUGGUUCCGUGCAUAGAUGUGUUGUGAAUUCGGGCCUGUCUGGAGCGAACGAAGCGUUAAAACAACCCACCAACAAAUCGCUUGUGACCAGUGAAGCUCAACAACUCGGGGACGCGUUAGAAAAGUUUGACAACUUUGUUGAGAAGACAGUGACAUGUUCUGGGGAAAGAUGGAAUCUUGUGACAGAUGGACAGUUGCCAUUAAGACAUUACCUCCAUUUGGAAGCUAGUAGAAAGAAAACUAAGUUGUCUCAACAUUUUUACAGCUUUUAUGAUCUCAGGAAAGAAGUCAGAAAGGCAUUAAAGCAUGAUUCUGACUUUAGAAGCCUUGAAGAAGUGGCCUCACACUGUCAAAUUGAUGCUAAUAACAACAGUCCAGCUGGUCUGGAACACUGUAAACUCAUGGCAAGUGUGGUUCAGUUUCUUGUUACAGAAGGUCACAAAUUCAAGGAUCCAGAAAAGAUCAGUUCCAAGUACGAGCCGGGAGCAUGGUACGGUGCUUCUUUUCGAACAAAAAAUCUUGGGCUCGUACUUGAUGAUACAAUUGUGAGAGCAAGGGGGCUUCCAUGGCAAGCAUCUGAUCAGGAUGUUGCAAAUUUCUUUAAAGGACUAAAUAUCUUAAGAGGUGGGAUAGCAUUUUGUUUAAAUGCCCAAGGAAGAAGAAAUGGUGAAGCAUUCAUCAGGUUUGAGAAAGGGGAACACAGAGAAUUUGCUUUGAAAAGACACAAACAUCACCUUGGUACAAGAUACAUAGAGGUUUACAGAGCAACUGCACAAGAUUUCCUAAAGAUAGUGAAAGGUCCAGUUGACGUCACCCAGAUUGCUGCUAACUUUGUAUCAAACAAAGCUGAUGUGAUAAUUAGAAUGAGAGGACUUCCAUUCAACUCAAAAGAGACUGAUGUGAUUGAAUUUUUUGAGGAUGCACCAGUAUUCAAAAGUGACGAAGGAAUCCUCAUUGUUAGGAAUAACUUUGGAAAGGCUACAGGAGAUGCAUUUGUUCUUUUUGAGACAGAGGAACAUGGCCAUGCAGCAUUGAAGAAGCACAGAUGCAUGCUUGGCUCUCGUUAUGUUGAGCUGUUCCGCAGUUCACAAAGUGAGGUUCAGCAAGUUCUGAACUCUUACAACAAUCUCAUGCAUAAUUUUCCACCAAUCAUGUUUCCACCCUUGCCACAUCAUCCUCCGUUUCACCCUCCCUUCUUAAUUCCUGGGCUGGGCAUAAAUGGAAUGAACACCAAAGACUGUCUGCGCUUACGAGGGCUGCCAUUCUCUGCAACAGUACAAGAUGUAUUAGACUUCCUAAAAGAACACGCUGCAUUUGUAGUUCCUGGUGGAGUUCACAUGGUGUACAACACUCAGGGUCGCCCCUCUGGAGAUGCAUAUGUCCAGUUAGUAUCAUCUGAAUGUGCAAAAUCUGCCACCACAGACCUGCACAGGCAACACAUGGGAGAGCGAUACAUUGAAGUAUUUCCCUGCUCAGGAGUAGAUAUUGCUGCUAUUAUAACCAGCAGUACAAUGAAUCAAAACAAGAUGACGUCACUCAAUAACACUCCAUACAGCCCUCCAAGUUCAUACCCAGUGACCAGUGGUGUAGUCACCAGCCCUAAUGGAACACAUAUGAAUGGACACACAGACACAAUUGGAGCUUCUACAUCAGCUUGUCGCAGUCCCACAGGAUUGUAUGUGCCUCAUUCACCCACAUACUUCAACUGUAUCAUGCCUCAAAAUGGUAUUGGAGGAGGAAAUGUGAGUUACUAUCCGCCUGCCAGUGCAAAUUUUAGGAUGCGAAUGUCACCAUAUUUGCCUCAGCCUUAUGAAAUGAUGCCUCUCUUUCAGGGAUACCAGAUUGCAGACUAUGGCAGGUAAUUCGAGCAGACUACCUUUUUGAGAUCCUGCACUAAAUCAAAGAAAAAUCAUAGAAAAGCCUGGUCCUAUAUAUGACAUGCUUCUUGCAAAAGAUUAAAUUAAUGACAAGUUUCUUGAGUCAAACAGCUUUUGCUGCUGCUGGUGCUGAAGCAUUUGCAAUGUUUUUAGAUGUAUCUCUCUUAGUCACUGAGAAAACAAAGCUUGACAUUAUCAUUAAGAACAUUUGAGUGAGGAACCUUAAUCGUUUUAGCUAUAAUAUACAUGCAAUUAUGCUGCUAGCUUUCAAAAUUAGUGACAUAUUUAGUAAAAUUAAGUAUAAGAAUGCUUUGGACAAUCCCUCUGAAAGUUGGUGAUAAUUUUCACUUGACAAUGUGUUCUAUGUACUCUCUAAAUUAACAAUUAGAUGAUUUGACCAACAUGCGAGUUUAUUCUGAAAAGGAACUUGGGAGUCCAAAGGUCUGUUGUUGAAACCCUAACACUCUAAGAAUAAACAGAGAUAAAAAAUUAUUGUAAUACAUAAAAAUACAAGCAACAAUUUGUCAAGGAGAAGUAGAUGCUAUCAAAAUUUUGAUCAUCAGAUUUGAUGAUAAAUGACAAUUUCUGACACCAAUGAUUUUUAAAAGUAGUCAGGAGUUAAUUUGCUGCAACAUGUUCUGGAUUUUGUGCAAAGAUACCUUGACAGAUAAGAAAAAAAGUACAAAGAAAAAAACGUACAGUACUAAUUGAAUUAUGAGAGCAAUAUUGUAUAAUUACAAUGAAUUGUAGAAAUAUGUUCAGAUACAAAUAUUAUUUAUUUUUUGCUGGAUAGCCAGACUUCAGUUCAAAAUACAAUCUUUUUAGCCUUGAUACAUGGGAGAGUACUACCAAAACAACGAGACUGUUUUUCAGGAGACCUGUGUAACAGUUGCUGAUAGCAACAAAGAUGAACGUUUUUGGUCCUGUGACUAAAAAGAUGCUAGCACAAAAGGCAUAUGCAGGUAAUAACAUUCCUUUGCAUUUCUUUACCAGCACUUUUGCUGUCUGUCGUCAUUUAUCUGCUUUGGUUUAGUAAUACAACAGAUCCAGCUAAAGGUGUUCUAUAAUAAUUCGUUUCUGCUAAAAUUGUCUACACUUUUACCAUGGAUAUAAGACCUUCCUUGUUUGUCUAUGGAAAAGCUCGCCAUCGUUUGAUUCUCAGUAAAGCGAAGGAAUGCAAAGGGAUGUCAUUAAUGUCAGAAGUAGGCAUAUUGGUGUAUACUGGGACGUUAGUAGGCAGAAGACAGUUCAGCGGUAAUCAAGGCAGAUUUGUCACCAGUCUUUCUCUUCUGUCCCUUCAACAUGGCACACAGCAAACCGAUCUUGUUCUUGAUUGAAUUGUUAGAACUCGUUACAAAAAUCACCCAACAACCAAAAAGGAGACAUAACAUCCACAAAAAACACCUUUAUUGGUGACUGCCUUUAGAAUAUAUUGAAUGUUUUCUAAAAACAAACAUGCAAAAACCAGAAGGUGGAAUUGCCAUAGUAGCUGGCUCGGUGUAGAAAGUAGCUGCCGGAAUUCGCCGGCUGCUGGCUUCUAAUGAAAUCCCUGAAUGCACUCACUUGUGCUUAACUUUGAGGCAUCAUGGAUAGAUCACGUGGGCUUAAAUGAAAUGUUUCUCUCCAGCGGCAACUGUUGCAACUGUUUCACGCAUCUCCGAAAAAAGUCUACCUGUUUCAGUAGUAUAUACUCCUUAACCUGAUACACAAGAAAUCACAAUAUCAGUGGUAAACAGUGCUAGACCUUUGUGCAUCAAAUAAUGAUUCUGACAAAAAUUAAUAGUUAAUGCAUCAAGUCACUGAAAGAUGUCAGAAGAAGAAAACACUUCGAGGCUGAAAAGGCUUAUUUGGCUGUCAGUGAAAUGCUGUAAAUUAGAGCAUGAUGUACCCUGGCUGUACAUGUAUGUAAUUAGUAUCAAUUUAUGCUUGAUAGAUAAUCUCAUUGCAUUUAGUUUUUAAGAACUUUUUAUACUAGUUAAUAGUCUGAGUCAAUGAAAGAUGAAUAUGCCAUUGGCUUGUUGUACAUUGUAAUUGAGAAGUUUGAUUGACUGAAUAUUUAUGUUAAUUCCACAUUCUAUCAUGUGGAGGACUCUAACCAUUUACACCUUGACAUGAAUGUGUAAAAAUUCUCCAACAUGAGCUGAAAGUUUGUUACUGACAGAACAAGUUGGUAGAUAAUUUCAUUGUUUUAAUGUAUUUAAAUUUGAUCAUUAGUAUGUAUUUGUUAUUAUUUAGUAACCAACCAAUCAAAUUUGUAUUUUUAGGAAAAAAUCAUAGUUUAGUUUUUAGAGCUUAAAUGUAAAUGGUUGGAUCCUAAAAUUAACAUCAAUUAAGAGUGGAUAUGAUCUGUGAUGAUAAAGGAAAAAGUUGCUGGUUAAAAUGAAUCAUUCUCAUUCAAGGCUAGGUCACAUUUUUGCAAACCAAUUUUUUCAACAUUUAUUUGUCUCUAAACAUACAAUAUUUAUGGGCAUUGUGUUCAAAACUAGCCAUAUUGUUUUUAUUUACAUGACAACUAAUAAUGUAUGACAAAUAAUUGUUCUUAGCCAGGCAAUGCAAGAGACGCUGCUCUCAAAGAGUCUAACAACCAGUACUUGUCAAUCAGAGCAAAUGUUAAAAUAUAUUAAUCAAAUCCCAAGUUUGACAGUUAAGAAAAUAAAAAUAUUAUUUUAACUAAGAGAAGCCUAAGUAUGACAAUACAAAAGCCAGGAAAGACCACUUGAAAAUGACAUUUUUAACGCAUGAGGCAAAGCCAGAGCAUAAUUUAAUUAUUACCAUUCAUCAAGUUGCUCUAAUUAUAUUUUCAGAAUGUGUCAUUGGUAUGUGAGAAUAUAUGCCACUGUCACUAAAUGUAUUUCUUGAAUGUUUACAAAUUGGUGUGAUUUUGUUACCAAGAAUAUCUCAAUUAACAAUGUGGACUUGUUAGACAGUGAAAUAUACCAUUACAUGAACAAAAUUUCAGGUCCAUUUAUCUUAAUUUAUCUAUGAUAGAACAAGUAUUGUUCAUGGCAGUGCCAUGAAUCAGUGCAAGACACUAACACUAAUUAUUAGAACCUUUGUCUCUGUUUUUUUUUUUUUUAAUAUAGAAUGAAUAUUCUUGAUGGGAUAUUUUUGGUAACAAAGAGACUAAAAUACAGAUAAUUAUUUUAGCUAUAUUUUUAAACAUACUAAAAUAAGUAACCAAACUCCGGUGUAAAAUAGAAGAAAACUUGUUGAUGUUUCCCUUACAGACAGUCAUUGCAGUCGCACAUCUCUUCAUGUUCUUUUUUCUAUGUAUGAUUUUUAGCUUAAUCAAAAACAUGCAUAGGUCAGUAAACUGUUCUUAUAACCUGGAAAUGACUGCACUUUCUUGAAAAUAAAAAAGUGAACCUUGUUAGAUGACAAGAUUCUGAUUUGAAAUGAA